CGGGGCGUGGCGGGGCCGGCGCCUGUUUACGUCCGGCUCCGGAGCGUCAGUGCGUCCGCCGCGUCUGCGCCAUGGAUAUCAGCGACCUCUUCACCAGCUGCAGGAAGGGAGACGUGGGUCGAGUGCGGUACCUGCUGGAGCAGCGAGACGUGGAUGUGAAUGUAUGGGACAAGUGGGAUAGUACCCCCUUGUACUAUGCCUGUCUAUGUGGGCAUGAAGAACUGGUACUCUACCUUCUGGCCAAUGGAGCCCGCUGUGAGGCCAACACCUUCCACGGUGAACGCUGCUUCUAUGGGGCUGCAAGUGAUACCAUCCGCCGGGCCCUGCUUGAUUAUAAGCAAGUGACACCCUCCUCCAGGAGGCGGGACUACUAUGAUGAAUUCCUGCAACGGCUUCUGGAUCAAGGCAUCCACAGUGAUGUGCUCUUUGUGGUGCACGGGAAGCCCUUCCGGGCCCAUCGCUGCAUUCUGGGUGCACGUAGCAGCUACUUUGCCAACAUGCUGGAUACCAAGUGGAAGGGCAAGAGCAUCGUGGUCCUCAGACAUCCACUGAUCAACGCUGUGGCCUUUGGGGCCCUGCUGCAGUACCUGUACACAGACAGUGGCUCUUGUGGGGAAAUUAAGGCAGCAUGUAGGCCCAGAAGUCUCAGCAGAGGGACCACCUAUGAAACGCUGUGCCUGGGCACUGCUAACGGCCGCUCUCAGGCGCUGAGCCUCCCACGCUGCACCCAGGUGGCCUGGAUGUCGGUGUGGAACACAUCAGUGACUGUGAGCGCCUGGCCAAGCAGUGCCAGCUAUUGGAUCUGCUCAACGACCUGGAGGCCAAGUGCAAGGAAGUGUCUGAGUUUGGGUGAUCUUGGGGAGUUGCCUUUCCCUUUCCCUGAUGGCUUCAACAGCUGUCCUGAUGUUUGCUUCCAAGUGGAGGGUUGCAGCUUCCUCUGCCACAAGGCCUUCUUCUGUGGCCGCAGCGACUACUUCCGGGCCCUGCUGGAUGACCACUUCCGAGAGAAUGAAGGGCUAGAGGCCUCUGGUGGCCUCCCAGCCAUCACCCUGCAUGGCCUCACGCCCCACGUCUUCACCCAUGUGCUCUACUACAUAUACACCAACCACACCGAGGUGCCCCCGGAGGUGGCCUAUGAUGUGCUGAGCAUGGCCGACAUGUACCUGUUGCCGGGCCUGAAACGACUGUGUGGCCGCAGUCUGGCCCAGCUGCUGGAUGAGGACAGUGUGGUGGGCCUGUGGCGUGUGGCCAAGCUGUUCCGCCUGGCACGCCUCGAGGACCAGUGCACCGAGUACAUGGCCAAGGUUAUCGAGAAGCUGGUGGAGCAGGAGGACUUCUCGGAGGCCGUGAGGGAGGAGGCGGCGGCUGUGAGAGGCCGGCAGGAGCAGGACUCCAUCCCUCUGGUAGAUGACAUCCGCUUCCACAUCACCAGCGUGGUGCAGACCUACAGCAACAUUAAGGAGAUGGAGCGGCGGCUGCAUGCACUUGAGGACCUGCUGGUGUCCAUUGGCCUGGACUGCUGACUGACGCUGGGCCACGGGCUCCCUGUGGACUACGCAUGUGGUUUGGUCGACCACGUGCUCCAUUGUGUGCUCCUUGCGCCCUCCAGGGCAUCGUGGUGUGUGGAAGAGACUCAUUGAGGCUCCCCACCCUGGUGUGCUUGGAGGCCCCGAGGAGGGUUACCUAGGAUGAGCUUCCUCCCCCGUGCACAAACCAGCCCCUCAGCCCUGGGCUGGGCACCACUCAGGGAAACCUGGGGUGGGAUCUCUUAGCCUCCUCCCCAGGUCCCCCUCCCCUCCACUCUGGCUCUCCCUGGCCGCUUGCUUCCUAAAACCACGCCACCUUCUCACAGGCACAGAGAUGGCCAGGAGGGAGCAGCAGAGUCUGUGUGGCAAUAAAGCUUGAAUUCACUGGGAA